GCUAUAUAACUAGUAUGGUGUGAUUCCAUCGUUAUCGGAGAAUGGAUCAAACCAAAGGAAAAGUUUGUGUGACUGGAGCUUCAGGAUUCUUAGCUUCUUGGCUUGUGAAGAGGCUUCUCCUUGAGGGGUAUGAAGUUACAGGAACAGUCAGAGAUCCAGGGAAUGGGAAGAAGCUUGCACACCUUUGGAAACUGGAAGGGGCAAAGGAGAGACUAAGGUUGGUGAAGGCUGAUUUAAUGGAAGAUGGAAGUUUUGAUAACGCUAUAAUGGGAUGCCAAGGAGUUUUCCAUACUGCUUCUCCUGUUCUCAAACCUACCUCUAAUCCAGAGGAGGAGAUUUUGAAACCAGCUAUAGAGGGCACACUGAAUGUACUGAGAUCAUGCGGGAAGAAUCAGUCUUUGAAGCGUGUAGUUCUCACCUCAUCCUCUUCAACAGUCAGGAUCAGAGAUGAUUUUGAUCCUAACAUCCCUCUUGAUGAAUCAGUUUGGACCUCUGUUGAACUUUGCAAGCGUUUCCAGGUGUGGUAUGCUUUAUCAAAGACAUUAGCCGAACAAGCUGCAUGGAAAUACUGUGAAGAGAAUGGUCUUGACCUUGUAACUGUUCUACCAUCCUUCCUCAUCGGACCAAGCCUGCCUCCUGAUCUGUGCUCUACAGCAUCCGAUGUCCUCGGGUUGUUGAAAGGAGAAACAGAGAAGUUCCAGUGGCAUGGACAGAUGGGGUAUGUUCAUAUCGAUGAUGUGGCAAGAACCCACAUUCUUGUUUUCGAACGCGAAGCAGCUCACGGAAGAUACAUUUGCAGCUCUAAAGUUGUCUCUCUAGAGGAACUGGUUUCCUUCUUAUCCACACGUUACCCAUCACUCCCUAUCCCCAAGAGGUUUGAGGAACUAUAUAGGCUGCAUUACAACUUGGACACUUCGAAGAUAAAGAGUCUUGGGCUCGAGUUCAAGUCCCUUGAAGAGAUGUUUGAUGACUGCAUUGCCUCACUUGUGGAGCAAGGCUAUUUAUCUCAUGUAGUUUCUUAACUCUUUAGAGUCGAGAACAAGUUAUGUUGAUUAACAAUAAACCAGUAUAAGUGGAAAACGUGUAGACAAAGGUAAAGAAUGAAUUAUCUUAUAUAUAAAAUGCAAUGUUUCAACAA